ACAUUUAUUUUUUAUUUUCCUAUAUUUAUUUUAGCCAAACUGAACACAAGAAAACUACCUUUUAGCCUUAGGUUCCUACAGUAUUUUUAAGAACAAUGUGCAUUUGCUCAUGCAUUUUAAGCAUAACGAUCUUAUGAGAUUUAUCGAAUACUAAUCAAACAUAUCAGUGCAAUGAUUCUUGUUAAACAGUGCAAUAAAUUAGUCAUCAAGCUAAUCAUACUUCAGUAACUUUCAUAUAGGUAUUCUUAAAGAUGGCUAAAUCAUCAGAAGAAGUAGUGUUUGAGGGCUGGCUUACCAAAUCACCACCGGCAAAGCGAAUUUUCCGAGCUAAGUGGAGGAGACGCUGGUUUUUACUUACACAUUCUGGUGAUAUACCUGGCCAAUAUAUUCUGACCUAUUACACUGAUAGGAAUAGGCGAAAAACUAAGGGUGUAAUUGAUUUAGACCAUUGCGAGCAGGUUGAUCUCGGAUUGAAACAUGAAGACAGGCACCUUAAGUUCGACCAUGUUUUUGAUAUUAAAACUCCAAGCCGUACUUAUUAUUUAGCUGCUGACACACAGGAAGAAAUGAAAUCUUGGGUUACAUGUAUUUGUAGGGUGUGUGGCUUGAAGUCGACCAAUGAGGAUGAAGACAUUGGGUUGCCUAUGAAUAUUCCUGAUGGCAUUGAAUUCACUGAGAAUCUCCACAGUCAGAAAUUUACUGAAACACCGCCUAUCUCACCAGCUAGUCCAAGUCCGUAUAUUGCCAUAUCAGAAUGUAUUACAGGCAAGUCUCCUGUUCGAGACCCAAAAGACGUCAGAUCUCUUUUAGAAUACAAUAACAGGGACAGUAACCGUUGUAUAUCUCACAACAACGAUUCCUACGAGUACCAUCCGCAAAGCAGUUACGUUAAUUAUGGCAACGUGGCCGAUAGGAACUACGUUAAUGAUUUGCAAGAUCCUAGAUUCUACGACUGUCCUAGAUCGCUGGGUCCAAGAAGAAGUAACAAAGAUGAACAGGGUAGUCCCUUGCAGAGUCCCACAGAUUCGGACAGUGUAUUUAAUGACGACGAGUGGGUACAUAUGGGAAAUGAUUCAGACAUAUCAAAGAAGUCUCGCCCGUCCGACAGUUCUAUCCAUAUGGAAACUUCAGCAACUCAAAGGUUCGUAAAACCGGGCAAUCCGCAGCUAACCUUGCCGCCCCCGAGGCCCCCAAAACCGCCACAUAUCACGCCGCCGCCAUGUUACUUAAACCUAAAUUCUACACCAUCGAAACAAGAAAAAGACACCGAAGAUAAAACUAAAAUAGGAACACAGAAAAUCCUCACCGAUGACAUGUACGACUUCCCGCGGUCUCAUAACGUCGAAACCGAGACUGAGAAAAACACUUUACAACGAAGGCAUUGUUACAAUAAUGCCGCUCCAACCAAAUGCGCCGAAGGUAUUAUAUUUAGAUACGAUAUAUCACCCAAGCCCAGCACUAGUUCUGUGACGUCUGUUUUUAGGUAUGAUCUGGAAGCAAUGCAAGAUCUUGAGCCAUCUUCACCUGCACACUCACAUUCUUCUUCGACCCCGGGCUAUUCGAAUCUUCCGAGUCCGCUUUUGACCGAGUCCCAGCUUAUGCUACCGCCAACUGUGAAUAGGGAAUUAAAACCGAAAAGAAAACUCUCCGAUACACAUUCGACUUCAUCGAAUACUGAACCUCCUUCGCCGAGAACUGCCGCACCUUCGAUCGAUAGAAAACUUAAGCCUACCACACCCUUACAGGAGGCAAAUAUGAGAAAAGUGUUUCAAGUAAGCGACGACGACGGGACGAAAAGAAUAAGGGCAGCUCCGAGCCCUACGCCUCAUUCUAUGACCCCUUUAGCCGACGAUUUACAGGAUGGUGAUGUAGAUGUCUAUUUAGAAAUCAACAGAAAAAUGCAGUAUUUAGAUUUAGAUCUUGAAGGCCCACCAGUUCCCCCGGCAAGUGCAACGAAAACUUUACCAAAAGGCAACGAAAGCGACACGGUUUACAAACAAGUCGAUUUUGUCAAAACCGAAGCGUUUAACAUCACUCGGAACAAUUUAGAGAAGGACAGACAGGAGCCCGUUACCACAUUCGGUAAAAAAUAGAUGCAAUAUUCUUUUUUUAAUGUUUUUCUUUUGUAUUAGCUUUCUUAAGAUAAGUUAGAUAAUAUUAGGCAAACUUUUUACAAAUAAAUUUUAAAUUUAUUUUUAA